CGACCGUUAAAGAAGUAGCUUGAUGCCGGUCUGAGCCGGACGCUGGUCCGGAUCUUCGGUCGCAGGCUUUUCAAAAGUUAAGACACGUCAAGCUGCUGCCUGAUCAGAUUAAAUCUUUGGUAAAGGAUAGAUAGAUACACGUUGGCUUUAGCUUCGUCAACACACCGCAGGUAGCUUAAUGUCGCGGGGAAGUUACUCGGCUAGUUAGCUAGCAAGUUGUUGUAGUUGCUGCUGACUGGAGGGGGGCGCGCGGCUAACGUUAGCUAGCUUAGCCUUUGGUGCAGGGGAGACGUCACGUCGUCGUCAGGACAACACAUCCAGGUGAAUUGUGGCUGUUGUCCGCCCGUCCUCUGCUGGAUCUCGUGAUGGGGGACAGGUUUGUCCUCGGGGGUCUACGGCCUCGUCCCGUCCAGUUAGUGGCGCCGCUGCUGCUCCUCGCCGUCCUGCUGGCGGCGGUAAUGGCAGAGAGCCAGGACUAUUACAAUCUGCUGAAGGUCAGCAGGGACGCCACGACCAGAGAGAUACGCCAGGCCUUCAAGAAGCUGGCGCUCACCAUGCACCCCGACAAAAACCCUGGCGACGCCUCGGCCCACGAGAAGUUCCUGCAGGUGAAUCGGGCCUACGAGGUCCUGAAGGACGAAGACCUCCGGAAGAAGUAUGACAAAUACGGAGAAAAGGGAUUGGACGAGCAGCAGCAGGGAGGACGCUACGAGAGCUGGAACUUCUACCGAUACGACUUUGGUAUCUACGAUGAUGAUUUGGAGAUCAUCACGUUGGACAGCGGAGACUUUGGUAAGAGACGUUUUUCUUUUUCACACCUUCAAACUGAAGCCAACGUGUCUCUCUCACAGUGGAGGGAGUUUGCCAAAGAGAUGGACGGAGUCCUCAGGAUUGGAGCUGUGAACUGUGGAGACAACAACCAUCUGUGCAGGAGCAAAGGCAUCACCAGCUACCCCAGUCUGUUUGUCUUCAGAGCGGGACAGAGGCCGGAGAAGUUUAAUGGGGAGCGUUCUAAAGACAGCCUGGUCCACUUCUCCAUGAAGUUCAUCACAACCACCGUCACCGAGCUCAGGCAAGGUAACGUGUUCAGCGAGAUAGAGAGAGCGUACUUGUCAGGGUUCAGCUGGCUCAUCACCUUCUGCUCCGACACUGGAGAUUGCCUGGAGCCAGGAACAAGACAGAAGGUGGCCGGGAUGUUGGAUGGUCUAGUUAAGGUGGGAUGGAUGGACUGCGCCUCACAGGAACAGCUCUGUGGCAGUUUCCAGGUGACGAGUGGUGCAACGGCUUUGUUCCCACCUGGAAGUUCUCUGGAUCAACCGGGCAGCGUUCUGUGGCUGAAUACUCUGGACAGUAGAGAGAUUUACAACCGGGUCAUCGACCAUCUGCCCGACCUGGAGCUGCUGACGGGGGACAGCUUCCAGAGGAAGCUGGCCCAUCAUCGCUGGUUGGUGAGUUUCACGUUUGGAGACAGAAGCCCCGCCUCUAACGAGUACAAGAAGCUACAAGCUUUCCUCCGAAACGACCACAUACAGGUACACGUCUGUCUGUCUGUCACUUUCUGUGUCUCUUUCUGGCUGUCUGUCGCUCUAUGUUCUGGUGAUUCCCUAAUCGACUCAUCUUUUGUCGCUCUAGUGUGCUUUUCUGUUCCUCUAACCUCCGUGUCUGUCCUGUCUGUAGGUAAAGACGUGUUGUACAACAUCGUGGGUUUUGCGAGGGACAGCGUUCGUGCUCACGUGACGACUCUGAGACCCGACAACUUCCCCUCAGACAGAAAGGAGCCCUGGCUGGUCGACUUCUUCGCUCCGUGGUGUCCUCCGUGUCGCGCUUUGCUGCCUGAACUGAGAAAAGCUUCAAUCCAGUUGGCCGGACAGAUGAAGUUUGGUACUCUGGACUGUACCAUCCACCAAGACCUCUGCUCUACGUAUAAUAUUCAGGCUUAUCCCACCACAGUGAUCUUUAACGGCUCCUCUAUUCACGAGUACGAAGGACAGCAUUCAGCUGACGGCAUCCUGGAGUUCAUACAGGAUCUGGUCAGUCCGUCCGUGAUGGUCCUGGAUCCUUCCAGCUUCAGCGAGAGAGUUAAAGGUCGAGCUGAGGGGCAGAUCUGGGCGGUGGAUUUCUACGCUCCGUGGUGCGGUCCCUGUCAGGCUCUGCUUCCAGAGUGGAGACGCAUGGCCAGGAUGCUGUCAGGUCAGAUCCUGGUGGGCUCCGUCGACUGUCAGCGCUUUCAGUCGUUCUGUCAGGGUCAGAACGUGAGGGCGUACCCUGAGAUCCGCCUGUACCCCGGCAACACCCGGCAGUCGGAUCGCUUCAUGAGUUAUAAUGGCUGGAACAGGGAUGCCCACUCACUGAGAUCAUGGGCACUGAGCUCUCUACCCAGAGCGUCGGUGGACCUGACUCCAGAGUCCUUCAGGUCUCUGGUUCUGUCGGGCCAGGAUCACUGGGUUCUGGAUUUCUACGCUCCGUGGUGUGGACCCUGUCAACACUUUGCCCCGGAGUUUGAAACCCUGGCUCGGACUCUUAAAGGGGAAGUUCGAGCGGGGAAAGUGGACUGUCAGGCUCAUCAUCAGACCUGUCAAUCAGCAGGAAUCACCGCCUACCCCACCGUCAGAUUCUACCCGUACCUGGGGACGCGGAGGCAUGAACACAGCGGAGAACACAUCAACAGCCGGGACGCUGACGUGAUCGCCGACAUCGUCAGACAGCGACUACAACAGCUGUCGCCGCGGUUACACAGCAAACGGAAGGAUGAGCUCUGACGAUCUCCGUGUGCUGCUAGGAGAAAGACCUGCAAUCUGAGUGGUCAGGGAGGGACAGAGGUGCAUUUGAUUGGUCCGGCACAAUGAUCAGUCAGUCAACACUCCUUGAGAAGAACAGCAGAGACGGACGGACGGACGAACAGAUGGACAGAUGGACAGAUGGACGUGCUGUGUGGACCGUACUGAACACUUUUGGCUUUGUUUUUAAUCUCUUUUUUUAAUUAUGUCUCCAUUGUUUGUAUUUACUCUAUGAAGUAAAACUGUGAGACACUGGACAAGUUACUGACACACACACACACACACACACACACACACACACACACACACACACACACACACACACACACACACACACACACACACACACACACACACACACAG